AGUUAAGACAAAGGUCAGGGUCAGUCAGGGUGGUGAAGUGAACACUGAACUCUCAUUCUUAAGAGGGGAGAAGACGUGUGGGUUUCUGUUAAAACACUUUUGCUGUUUCAAGCUUUUGCCUUCCUUAGCAACUCUCCCUUCACCCUUUUUCAUCUCUGUCAAUCUCCCCCCCCCCCCCCCCCGGCUCUUAUCGUCUUUUCUCUGGCCAUGAACAUGACCUUGCAACAGUUCUGCGGCAGCAGCACUGAUAACUCAUGGAAUUGGCUAAGUAAUCAUUCCUCUACUUCCUCUUCCCCUCCUUCAAUGGGGGUUUUAGCUGAUAUGGGCUCUCUUUCCCUCAGUCCCAAGUAUGGAGUAGUUUCGGGUGGCUCUUCUUCGCGAGAUAGUUGCCACUGUAAGGGCUCAGAUUCCAACGAUGGGUUUGUAGAAAACAAUGCCGCCAUGGAAGACAGCUACAACAACAACAACUACAACAAUUUAAAUGAGGAAAACCCAAAUGUGAAUUCAAUGAAUGGGAAGGAAAUAGAUAGUGGGCAGUCAAGGCUUUGUGCCAGAGGGCAUUGGAGGCCCGCCGAAGACACUAAACUCAAGGAACUUGUUUCUCUUUAUGGACCUCAGAACUGGAACUUAAUCGCAGAGAAGUUGGAAGGAAGGUCAGGUAAGAGUUGUAGAUUGAGAUGGUUCAACCAGUUAGACCCAAGGAUCAACAGAAGAUCUUUCAGUGAAGAAGAAGAGGAGAGGCUAAUGGCUGCUCAUAGAUUGUACGGAAACAAAUGGGCCAUGAUUGCUAGGCUCUUUCCCGGGAGGACUGAUAAUGCAGUCAAGAACCAUUGGCAUGUUAUAAUGGCCAGGAAAUACAGAGAGCAGUCCAGUGCUUACAGGAGGAGAAAGUUAGGCCAUACUGUCAACAGAAGGUUGGAGGAAGGUGCUACCUUUUACUGCCCAGAUGCAGCCACAAGAUCAGACUUCACCAACCCUUCUCCCUACCCAUUUGCAGUUCUCAUUGGUGGUGAUCAAGGUGGAUCAAAUGGUUUACCCCAUCUGACCAGUGGUGGAGAAGAAUCAUUUUCAACUGGUAGGGAUGUGUUUCAUCAUGGUUUCUCCAGCAACAACAGUCUCCCUCAUAGUGGGUUUUCUGCAGGGCAGGCCCCUUUUGAUUUCUUCUCCGGUUCUAAUAACAAUAACAUGCCGGGCUUCUCAGGUCAGAACAGGUCUUGGGAUAGGCCAAGCUUCGACGAAUCCAACCACAAGGAUUCCUAUUAUACCCACCACCACCCUCUAACAAUGAUGGCAAUGCAACAGUCAAGCUACCAAGUUUCAGUAGUUGAAGCAUCAUCAUCAGUAUCUGUCGCAGAGAACAAUGUAACCAGCCAUUUUGAGAGCAGCAUUGCACCACCACCACCACCACCACCACCACCCCCACCACCCUUCAUAGACUUUCUUGGGGUUGGAGCCACUUGAAAGGGGGGAGUAGUUUCGAAAGCUGAAAACAGAGAACGUUUCAAACUGAAGUGUGGUGUCAAGUGAAACUGAGCUGUCACUCCCCGGAGAGGUAAAAGAAAAGGGUAAAGAGAUGUUGUUACAGUUACUGGUGGCAGCAUGCAGUCAGAUGCUCAUAAAUAAUUCUCAAGUUAUCUCCCUCUUGUGACCCAUGAUCUCCUGUUUUGAUUUGUGAGACCCCUUCAAGGAAGAAACAAAACACAGAAGAUUUAAUUUUUGUGUACAA